AUGCUUUCGGACCUUUCCGUGGAGGAGGGUGAGCGUUGGCGUUGGGUCUUUGAGACGGCGCUUCAGGAGGGCUUCGAUGAUGACCUUGCCAAAUCGAUGCUGGAGGGAGCGAUGGGCGUGCAUCACGUCAGCCGCUCAGAGGCAGGGCGCCACCUCGAGGCUUUCGACAGUAUCCUGGGCCACUUCACCACUGAGCAACCACAGGUGGUAACUAUCUCCCGAUCAAGAUUGCCACGCUUCAACAGGUACCUUCCAGAAGAUCUUUGGCCAACAGUGGAGCAGCGAGUGUUGGCUUCGUUGCUGCAGCUCCAGGGAUUGCUGAAGGCCAGCGGCAGUGCCGCCGACGCGGAACAUGAACUCCCAGACUCUUCCCGCUCGCCAGGCGCGGAGGCGGUGAAAGACAAUGAUCCUUGGGUCUACGAUCUGGCGAAUGUUAAACAGGCUUAUAAGCCUAACCUGCCCGACGAUGGAAUGAACCUAUGCGUUGAAUGUGGUGAUAUGGUCGAACUUGCAAACAUUCGUGACCGCGGAUGGCGAUGCUGCCGCAAAGGCGAGGCAGCAGGCUGGGUGCCGGAGUGGGUGUUCACGGAGCCGUGGGUGUUCACGGAGCCGCCAGCCGCACCUCCGCCUGAUUCGCGUAAGCAUGAGGAGCAGAGCGACAGUAGCUCAUCAAGGAAGCGAUCCAGACAGGAAGAUCAGAAUGUCAAGGGAUGUGUGAAGCGCAUCAAGGCAGUGACUGGAGAGUCCGUUGAUAGAAUCGAGUUUGAAUUGCACAGCGGUAUCUACCAAACCUAUGGCGGCUUUGGAGGCGUCGACAAGAAAUAUUUUGUCCUAGAUUUAGACGAGGCCAUUGUGAAGGUUGAGCAGGUCGAGACUCACAAAUACCUGGCCCGCAGUCUGACUUUCACAACCAGCAAGAAGCGGAAAUUCGAAGUGAGUGGAUGGGGAGGCGGCACCCCAGGCAAGGAGUGUCACAAGCACAGUUACAAAGCACCCAAAAGCAAACAGAUUUGCGGUCUCGUUUUUGAAGGCGGCAACAAGCUCACGUGUGUAUGUGUACAGACGCAAUUCAAAAAGGGAUCGCGCAAGCACCCACAGCGCCUGGUGAAGAAUUUCAUGGAUGUUCUGUAUCCACCCUGCACAUGA